UAAAAAAAAAAAACAGAGCAAAAAUGACAACGAGGACACAUACAUACAUGUCAAGAAGGUUGUUGGUGGCGCUGAUGACCCAACCGUGCACAUUAGCAGCGCCACCUCCACCCGCCACUAUCUCCCGCCGCCCUGCUAUCCUACGCCGCCCACCACCUCCUUCAUUCUCCCAACGCUUCAUCACAAUGACCACCAACAACCAAGACCACCUCGAUGACUUGUUCAAGCAAAAACGGAUGCUCCGAACUAAGGUCCGGAAGGCCCUCAAGUCAAUGGACCCAGUACUCAGAUCCCAGGAAGAUGAUGCGAUUCAGAGGAUUGUGUUGGAAGCUCCAUGGUUUAAGUCUAGUGAGAGAUUGUGUGCUUAUAUAAGCUGUGCUGCUUUGCGUGAAGUUGAUACUUCUAAAGUGUUGGGUGAGAUUCUAAAGAGUAAAGAUGGUGAUGUGCAAGUGAGGAAAAAGCUUUAUGUGCCGCGUGUGGAGGACAAGAAUAGUCACAUGAGAAUGCUCAACAUUUCGAGUGUUGAUGAUCUGGUUGCGAAUUCGAUGGAUAUUUUAGAACCGGCUGCAGUGGAUGCUGAUGGAAAUGAACGCGAAGAUGUUUUACAGGCAAGUGAUCCAGUUGAUUUGUUCCUCUUACCAGGACUAGCAUUUGACAGAUCUGGGAGACGUUUGGGUCGAGGCGGAGGUUAUUAUGAUACUUUUCUGAGGAACUACCAAGAGCUUGUGAAGGCACGCAAUUGGAAGCAACCCCUCCUUGUUGCAAUGUCGUAUUCUCCACAGAUAGUGGAUGAAGGAGUUAUAUCGGUCACCCAACAUGAUGUUCCAGUUGAUGCUCUUGUGUCCUCAGCUGGUGUGAUUCCGAUCAGCACAGCUGCCAUAGAAACGAUGAAACUUUGAUAAGAACCUUGAAGCUUUCUUUCUAGAUGGAUCCUCACAAAGUUGGACUCUCUUUGCCCCGUGAUCUGUAAAAGGAAAUCAGACCAGUAUGCUUGAGAUACAGGACUUGGUGAUGUUAAUUGAAGAGGUGAAAGUUCUGAUCUGCUGUGGUUGAGAGGUCAGGCUGAUUCCAGCACCUUUAGUCUAAUACAUAUAGAGCACAGUUUCUACCACCUUUAGGUCAUGCUAUUGAUUUGUAUUAUUUGGAACACAGAAUUUAGAGAAAACUUUGUUUUUAGGAUGAAUAUGUUCUUCCUUUGUGCCUUUGUCACUUUUGUCUUCUUUAAGAUAAAACCCGUAUUAUUCUGUACUAGUUCCAUCAGUGUUUUGGGAACAAUUGCAUGUAAGGUGAUGUAGUUGGAUUAGAUUUACCUAUGGGCCAAGGUCCUUUUGAAUUCUCAAAUGAAGCUUGAACUCUAAUUGGUUUUUA